CGAUACAAGGCUAGACGACAACGGCAAUGCAGAGGGCAACUUCACGCUGCUCGCCUUCAAGAGUCUGUCUCAACAGUCCUACUCCUACUCCAUGGUGCCAGUGGCUGAUUUUGCGAUGACAUCAUCGGGGAUUUGCCAAGUUUCAGACUCUUUGCUGGAGAAACCAUCCCAUGGAUUAAUGGCGAGCCUCCUGUAGCUGAACCUGAAUGCGGUUACAUGGGUGAACGGUGCAUUCCAAAGGACACUUACGUCAAGGAGAUUGUCCUCGGCGUCCUGGGUGGCGUGCUGCUGGUGGUCGUGGGCAUCGGGCUGGUGAUCUAUAGGAACUGGCGGUACGAACAGGAGAUUGACGGACUGCUGUGGAAGAUCGACUCCUCACACAUUCAGAUGGGACAACAGGCCAGCCCCGUGGGAACUGCCGGCGACAAACAUAACCACGAUGGUGGGGGCAUCAGCAUGGUUUCAACUGAAUCCAGGAACUCCUACACACAAGUUUUUGUUAAAAUUGGUGUGUACAAGAACCGGACAGUGGCACUCAAGAUGUACGAAAAGAGCAAAGUCGACCUUGGACGACACACUAAGAAAGAAAUGAAGCUUCUUGGCGAUCUCAGACAUGUUAACAUCAACAGUUUCAUUGGGGCUUCCGUGGAUACCGACUUCCUGAUUCUUGUCACUGAAUAUUGUUCCAAAGGAAGCCUUACGGACGUCUUGGAAAACGAAGACAUUACACUGGAUAAAAUGUUCAUCUCUUCUAUCGUCAAAGAUAUUCUUCAGGGCAUGAUCUACAUACACGCCAGCGACCUGCAGUUCCACGGGAACCUCAAGAGCUCCAACUGUCUGAUCACGUCCCGCUGGACUGUGCAGGUGGGCGACUUCGGGCUGAUGGACACCCGCGCCAUGACCUAUCACCCCGAGGACGUGUUUGCCUAUUACCGCAACUUACUAUGGAAGGCACCUGAACUGCUUCGCUCAGCCAAGCCCCACAGAGGCUCGUGUAAGGGGGACAUCUAUGCUUUCGGCAUCGUUCUCUACGAAAUUUUUGGUCGCUGUGGACCGUUCGGAAACUGCCGACUGUCUCCACAAGAUAUUAUCAUCAACAUAAAGAACAAGAAGCUGGCGGAGGAAUUGCCGUUCCGCCCCAACACCAAUGUGCUGCAGUGUGAGACCUACGUCAUCGACUGCAUGCGCGAGUGCUGGGCUGAGCAUCCCGAGAAGCGGCCGGACUUCAAAACCGUCUGGCAAAAGCUGAAGCCACUGAGAGCAGGAAUGAAGAGGAAUAUUUUGGACCACAUGAUGGCUCUCAUGGAGCGAUAUCAGGAACGCUUGGAGGAGCUGGUGGAGGAGCGAACAGUGCAGCUGGUGGAGGAGAAGAAGAAGACGGAAACCUUACUGCACCGCAUGUUGCCUAAACCUGUAGCAGAGCAGCUGAAGCGUGGAGAACCAGUGAUACCAGAAGCGUUUGACUCUGUCACCAUUUAUUUCAGCGACAUUUGCGGCUUCACCAAGUUAUCUGCAGAAAGUACACCGAUGGAGGUCGUUGACAUGCUGAACGACCUGUACACAACCUUCGACUCCACUGUCAAAAACUACGGUUACAAAGUGGAGACAAUCGGCGAUGCAUACAUGGUGGUCUCCGGCCUGCCCAUACGAAACGGAGAUCUUCACGCCGGCGAGAUCGCCUCCAUGUCCAUGGCGCUGUCCCAAAUCAAGUCCUUCUGCAUUCGCCAUCGGCCUGACGCCACCCUCAAGCUCCGCAUCGGCAUCCAUUCCGGGCCUUGUGUGGCGGGCGUUGUGGGUCUCACCAUGCCCCGUUACACGCUGUUCGGAGACACCGUCAACACGGCGUCCAGGAUGGAGACCAACGGAGAACCACUCAAAGUCCACUGCAGCAAGGAAUGUAAAGAUAUUUUGGAAAAACUUGGCGGCUACACUCUUGAAGAACGGGGAUAUGUUUCAAUGAAGGGCAAAGGCACUGUCCUGACCUACUGGCUCACCAAUGAAAAUCCUGAAGUUCGCAGAGCCCGGCUAAACAGAACUCAUCUUCGGUUUUCUGGAAGAGACAGCACUGAGUCUGCCACUCCCCCCUUCCUGAGGCCGCUGUUCAGCAACUCCCUUACCAUUCCCUGAACACUACUCCCCAAAACUCUCCGAUGCUCCCUGGGGGUCAGGACAAAGGGCAGAGUUAAGCUGGCAGAUGGCGCCAGCACCAUAGCCACGUCCCCAUUGGUGCACGACGUCAUCAAAGACAGCGACAGCGGCAAGGGCUCGGACCCUCUCAACGGCAUCAAUCAACACAGAGUGCGCUUGCAUUCGUUCCGAGAAGCUCUCCAGAAAUGCCACAAGUGGCCGAUGACCAGCAACAACAGCAACCCGGACUUCACUCUCCAGGGACGGGCGGCCACCAGCAGAUUUUCUGGAAAUUUUCCCGUGCCGGACGUUCUGUCCUCGCCCGUAGACUCCUCGGUGAUACCGGUGCUCAAAUGCCGUUGCCAUGACAACGACAGUCGCAUCAGCAUCUACGACAACAAGGCCACACCCACGGAGAUGAGCGUGCUACUCGGCGUGGAAGACGAAGAUGGUGGGCAGGUGAUGGAGCGAGAAACUCCGUUCGUGUGAAUGAGGCUUUAGUUGAGCGGCUUUCCCUUUCUUUCCUUCGCGUGCGUCUGUAAACAUGUUUGAGAUAGUGAGUGAUGAAAUGUGCAUUUGCGUUUUUGUGUGUGUGCACGCGAGGUGUUAGGGGGGACGCUGCUAUCAGAUUUAGAUUUGAAUUUGCAAAUCAUCGGCUGUUUUGAGCCAAUGUCGAGGGACUAUCUCGCAACUAAGGGCCACAACUCUAAAAUUCUCAAUCGUCACGGCGCGAAAAUAUAUUUUACGAGUGACUUUUCCCAAAAGAGAUCACUCAUGCCUAACGUUUGUCUUCUUUUGAAAAAAGAUACUAGUGUCGAUAUCAUACUCGCUGGUGUGAAGACAGCUUUGUGGAUCUGUUUCGAGAUGCACGACGGAUUCAAACCGAAUUAUGAUGAUGAGCGUGUAGCCUGCUGUUACACCUGUUGAUGGUGAUGCACAAUGGUGUAUCAAGACUCCAUUCAUGGCUAGGAGAGACAUAGUGUUUGAGACUGUGAUAUAGACCACGAGCCCGGUUACACUUAUGUAUGGAUUGUCGCCGGUCGUUCGACGUGAAGCUCUGAGGUCACGAACAUUAACCCUGGGUGCACACGUGUCGCAGAGGGUUAAUCUUGUAGAUGCUUGUUUGUUUUUCGUAGGCUGAUCGUGGGUUGUUGUACAACUGCUAGCGCCUUUAUCGUUAACCCACGAUACAACUUUCGCCUUUAUCGUUAACCCACGAUACAUCUCUCGCCUUUAUCGUUGACCCACGAUACAUUGCUCGGUUUUAAAAACGAUUGUUGCCUUCCAUGCUUCUUCUGUGGACAUGGGUGUUUGCGGGUACGUAUGUGCAAGUUCCCCCUCCUCUCUCUCUUCCCUCCUCCCUCACGUUGUGAUGGAGGUUAUUGUUUUUAUUUUAUUCACUCCCUAUCCCGAUAUUCAUCCUACUAGAUUCAUAAAGUUCUGCAAAAUCUCAAGACAGCUAUCAUCAAUCGUUAUUUAAAUGCAUGGGUCCUCUCGUCUUGUACCAAUAGUCUUCAGCAUCACACCAUUUCUUAGGCAAAAUAAUUAAAAGUGAUUUUGCAGAUGAAGAAUGUGAUUAUUAUAAUCAUUCCAUUAUUAUACGCACUGACAAUGAUGCAUCAUUCAAGCUUUAUUAAGUUUUCUUAUUAAGUUUACAAUAACAAACUGUUGUCGAGCUAUCCGUCCAAACAGUGAGUUUUAAGGUUUUGUUUUCGUUUUAAAUUUACUGAAUAAAACAAUAUCUGAAAAAUA